UAGAAACAGCAAUGGCUGCUAUUCGCAGACUCCUAAGAGGUCUAUCCCGUUGUCAUCCAGGAGAUGCAGUGCCUAUGGCGAAAAGUAGAACAGAAGUUUCUUUUGGAUUGGGUCCAAGAUAUGAAUACCAAACUCAAACACGGAGAUGGAUAACAGUAAAGCGGGCAAUCGCGGCAGCCGGGAUGGUAACAGCUGGUUGCUCUUACUAUUAUUUCUGCUGUGGUGAUCGCAAAACGAAGAGAGGAUGGAGAGGCAGCAUAUGCAAUACUGAGCGAUUCAUGCAGCUUCCUGUCCCUUCAGUGGCAGCCAAGAUACAGACAAGUGAAACCAUGCCUGAAACGGAAGACUUUGACCUCUAUGUGUCUUCAAGGGAACAGAGAUUUCGUCAGUUUGCAUCCUAUGAAUAUGAAGGGCAGCUGUAUAUGACACCUCGAGAUUUCCUUGAAUCUGUUACAUCCGAUGAACCUGGCAGAAAAAAGUGGAAGUCAAUUUCAAAACAGGAUUUAGAACAGAUGCUUUCAGAAACACCCCCAGUUUGGAAAGGGUCAUCUAAACUCUUCCGUAAUCUUGGUGAUAGAGGCCUCAUAGCCUACACGGAAUAUCUGUUCCUUCUCUGUAUAUUAACAAAGCCUCAUGCAGGUUUCAAAAUAGCAUUCAACAUGUUUGAUACCGACGGCAAUCAGAUGGUGGACAAAAAGGAGUUCUUGGUGCUGCAGGAAAUCUUUAGAAAGAAAAACGAGAAAAAAGAAAGAAGAGGAGAUGAAGAAAAGCGAGCUCAAUUGCACAUUGAAGAGAGUAUGCUGACAGAUACAACAAUACUUGUACAUCUUUUUGGGAAGAAAGGAAGAGCCGAGCUAAACUUUGAAGAUUUUUGCAGGUUUAUGGAAAAUCUGCAGACUGAAGUUCUUGAAAUUGAAUUCCUCUCUUACUCCAAGGGGUUGAUUACAAUUAGUGAAGAAGACUUUGCACGCAUUCUCUUGAGAUAUACAAAUUUGGAGAACAUUUCAAGCUAUCUGGAAAACCUCCGUCAAAGACUUCCUGAAGAAAAGGGCAUUACAUUUGAUGAGUUCAGAUCUUUUUUCCAAUUUUUGAACAACCUUGAGGACUUUGCAAUUGCAAUGCAAAUGUACAAUUUUGCAAAUAGAUCUAUUGGGCAAGAUGAGUUCAAGCGUGCUGUGUAUGUAGCUACGGGACUGAAACUGUCACAGCAUAUUGUAAACACCGUUUUCCAGAUCUUUGAUGUUGAUAGAGAUGAGCGCUUAAGUUACAAAGAAUUCAUUGGCAUUAUGAAAGAUAGACUGCACAGAGGUUUCAGGAGUUACAAAACUGAUCAAGGGUACACUACAUUCAAAGCCUGCCUGAAGAAAGAACUUUACAGCAGAUAACAGGAUCCACAGAAACAUGGCUUUAAAGAUUACCAGAUGUGUGUAAGAAAUGUAAUGAACCAGUACAUAAAGCAGUUCUGGAGAAGAGUUUAAUGAAAUAUGAAUACCAAGAAGUGGUUCUCUAAUCUGCGCACAUUAAAGCAAGAACACAGCUGCAUGCAUAACACUCCUGUAUAUAAACUGAAUGCUGCUUGUUUAAUUUUAGAACACACAACAAAUUGUAUAUAUUUAUAUUUAAUGUAUGUAACAUUCUAAAACAUAUUGUACUGUUGUUAUAUUCUUAUAUAUUUAUUUAUUUAUUCCUGCUUUGCUUGCUGUAUCUUAAAUAUGAAACAAACGAGAUUUAUAUCUCUUGGAAACUUCCUUUGAGGUCAGCAAAGGUUGUAACAAAUGGUUGUAAAGAAGGAUUCAAACAGAAAGUACAGGGCCAUUUAGUUGCACAUUAUAAUGAACAAGAUUUUUUUUUCUGCUAGUGAGAACAACUUGAUAAUGAGACUAACAUAUGCUUUCUGACUGGCUUAGGAUAAAGGCACUGCACUUUUCGACAAAACAAA